AUGCUUAAUGAGAAUAUUCAAAUCAGUAUAAAAAAUGGUAAUUCCUUGUCCAAACUAGAAUCCAGUUGUGCUCAAAAUAGCACAAGAUCAUGCAGUUGUUCCCAUGGCUUUCAAACAUUUGACGGUAUGAGUACGGAACUAAAUUCAAGAAGUCUACAAAAUGAUACAAUGUUAACUCAUUCUGUUUCUGAAAGUUCUAAUACUCCAAGAAAUGCUGAAAUACCACAUAAUUUAAGUUCGUAUAAUCACAGUGUCCCUCAAACAUUCAACUUGCCAACAAAUUCUGUUCAAGAGCUCCGUAUAUCAGCGGUCUCACACUCCGCUUUUCCAACUCAGAUCCCUGCAGUCAUACCAGCUGGAGUGAGUUCCUCAAGUAUACCCUUAUCUCCUCUGUUGUUUCAUCCACGUGGACCUUAUAUUCUUCCAAAUCCGACUUCAGCUAAUCUUUCUUCUACUCAUCUGCAACCUGUUAACCAUCAAUUACCAAAUCUACCUUUAAAUACAGAAUAUAAAAAUAUUUCGCCUUCCGGUGUACUGGAAGCAACUACACACAAUCCAUUGCCACUUGUAACUGGUACUCUUGAUGGAUCAGUAACAAAUUCUACCAAAACAUCACCCAGUUCACAGUCAAUUGGUGCCAAUAAGGGUACAAAUGAAAAUGGCAAUUAUUAUGUAAUGGUUCAUGUGGAUGCUGGAGAAACAUUUUCAGUGCGUGUCGGCGAUCAAAUUCAACAUAUACCUGGUCCAGCUACUGUUAGAAUGGUCUCCAAUAGUGGUCCACCUUUACCCAUGCCUAUGCAAGUCCCACCUGGUCAUUUAGUUCAACAAAUUGUUGAUGAGGAAGGCAUUCUUACUCAUGUCAUCCUAUCACCCUAUCCAACUCCUCCAUUAUCAAUGGUUGCAACUGGUGGUGUCCCAAUGUCAAUUAAUCAGACAAAUGAUGUUUCUACAGCUGGUGCUAACCUAAUUUUAAAUCCUAAUCAGCAUUUACAACCUCAUCAUCCUCAUCCUCAUCUCCAUCCUUUAUUACCAUCUCCUGGUAUACCAACCAAUGAAAAUCUAAUCCAUAUGAAUCCGUAUACAUUACCACAUCCACAAGCUAUUCCUGGUCAUCCGAUACAUCCAUUUCCGCCACCGCCUCCACAAUUUAUUCAUCCGCAUCUUCCACAUUUUCACCAACAGUUUAAUCUUCAUUCACCACAAGCGCAUGUUUGUGCCGCUGCUGCAGCUGGUGGUAUCGGUGAAGGAGAUUUUUCAACAAAAUAUCCAGUUCCUUCUGACAUUGCGAACGAUACAAAUCACUGUGAUAUGUCAACAGGUUCAACAACAUAUUUAACCAAUGACGUUUCAGAAUUACCCUCGAAUAAUCCUUCCAAACAAAGUGUCGUUAAAGUAAUCCCUGAUUCAACCACGACAAAUAUCACCACUACUGCUUCCAGUACUAUUAGUACUAAUUCUACGACCAAUAAUUGUAUUAAUGGUGAUAAUAAUAAUAACAGUAAUAAUAGUAGUUCUGACAUAACAGAUACACAUUCCGAUACAGUUACAAUCAAUAAACUACAUCCACUUGUUGAUGGUUAUUGUGAUUUAGCAGAAAAUGAUGUUGACAAAGUGUCAAUUCCGAGUAACAAUAAAAAGUCAAUCAGUCCAGAGUCAUCUUUAAUAACGGAUUCAUCGUUGUCAAAUGAUGAUACAAAAACGCUUAAAUCUUCUAAGUGCUCAUCUAAUCAAACAAAUGGUUACAAGAACACUAAUGGUGUCUGUCAUAAACAAUUGUGUACUUUACCGAAAAAGAAAGCAAUAAAAUGUAAUAAUAAUAAUGGAUCCAGUAUUGCUGAUCAUACUAUGAGUAGUGAAGAGGACAAUACUCAUAUUGUUACGCAUAAUGAUGACGAUGAAGAUGAUGACGAUGAUGAGGAUGCUGCAAUAACUUCCACUUGUGGUUAUUGUGAUGACAAUGAUUCAAUCAACUGUGAACAAGUUGGAUCCUACUGUACCACCACUACUACUACUUCCGCUUCAAUGAUAGUUGCUGAUUCAUCAUCAAGUAUAACUGAUGUUAAACAUCUUAACACUAAAAAUCACUUAUCAAUGGAAAAUAGCCCUGUACUGAAUGGUAGUAUGACAAAUUCAGAUCCUCCUAAGUCUAGUCCUAGUAACACUGCUGCUGCUACUACUACUACUUCUAUUCCUACUACUACCGUCCCCACCACUGUCUCUACCAACAACAGUACUAGUGGCCGAACAAAGACAACUAUUCCUGCUAACUCUACCACUACUGCAACUACUCAUACUGUCAGCCCUACUACCACUACUGUUACCACUGUCACCACUUCUACUGGAGAUAAUGGGCGUACUACCUCAGGUCUAAAUGCUUUUUCUUCUUCCUAUUCUUCUUCAUACCCACCAACCACAUUCCCAUCUUAUCGCAGGAGACGUGGUGGAGGUGGAGGUGUUAUGGGUAUGAAUUCUACCAGUGGGAUUGCGAAUAAUAAAAAUUAUCCAAAUUUUCGCUCAUACAAUCGGCCGGUUAACUUUGGUAAUAAUAAAUCACUACAAAAUUCAGUAUGGAAUCAAUCAUCCUUUAUUACUUCUAAAUCGAAUUCAGAUUAUUAUCAUCAUCAUCAACAACAUCCCGACGGUCUACAAAACGGUAGCAUUAAUAAUAAUAAUAGUAAUAAUAACAACAAUAAUCAUACAAAUCAUUACCAACAGCACUAUCCAUCACCAUCUUAUCAUCAUCAGCCGUAUCCAAGUCAACAUUCUCAACACACGUAUCAUCGUGGUCCUGUUAUUACUGGUGGUGUUGGAACGGCAGCACAAGAAUUGGACAUGGACUCUGAAGCAGAGAUUGAGAAAGGCGGUAUAGCACAUCUAUCCACAUGUGCACAUCUUCCAGUAAAUAUAUUAUUGCCUACAGUUCAAUCACCGUCGGCUUACUGUCCACAGCCUGAUUGCAUUUUAAAUUCACAAUGCUACGAUCAUCACCAUCAUGAUGAUCACCAUCACCAUGCACAUCCUCAUCCUCAUCAUUUACAUCAACAAUCCACUGAAUCGUUUGAUGCUUGUCUAAAUGGUGAUACAGUUGGCGUAAAUGGUUCAAUAGCAAUAGAUAAUGAUGCUGUUGUUAUUAGUACUACUAAUACUACUGCUAAUAAUAAUAAUAACAUCGGAGGAGAUGAUGAUGAUUUCAAUUCAACUGCAACAAAUACUGCUUGGAGCACUCAAGAUAAAAUUAUUCAUAAUCUAUUAUCUAAUCUUUUAGCACCACAAGUUACAGAAGUUAAAUCUCAUAGUGCAUUAAUUCAGCUGUCAUUCCCCCAAGAUUUAAUUCAUUCAUCUAUUGGAAAAGCAGAAACAGAAACAACAACCUUAUUGUCAUCAACGUCAUCAUCAACAACAACAUCAACAACAAUAACUACAACUAACUCAGAGAUUUCAUCAUCAACGACAACAGCAGCCUCGACUGUACCCACUGAUUAUUCCUCAUUAUCCUCAUUACAAUCCCGAACAUUUCCUACAGAAAACAAUACUCAUACUACUAAUACUACUAAGUCCUGUAAGCCAAUAAAUUCACCUGUAAAAAGUCCACGUCACAAGUACAAAGCAUCAGUAUCGUCACCUCCAACACCGAAAAUGACUACAACAACAAAAAUGAAUUCAUCGAAGUCCGAGUUAAAUAAUGGUAUUAGUAGUAGUAAUACUAAUAAUAAUAAUAAUAAUAAUAAUGAUAAUACUGAUGAGUGUUACAAUGGUAAUGGUAAUCAUGAAUCGAAAGCCAACAGUAAUACAGUCACUUCGAAUACUAACGGUAUUGAUAAUAAUAGUCAACAUCAGAUUACAAUUGACUUGGAUGCUAUACAGUUCGAAUUACACCUAACUGAAAGAUGCAGUACACCCCAGUUCAAAUGCGUUUUUAUUGGAGAAGCCACUUUCAUAUCACUACAAGACCUCCGACCUGGAACAAAUUAUUGUGUAAAAGUAUGUUGUAAUUAUGCUGGAAUACGUGGAGAUUUCAGUCCAAUUGCACAUUUUGUUACAUUACCAUCUAAACCAAAUCCACCACGUACCAUACAAAUAAUAUGUCAGACACGUAAUUCUCUACACAUAAAAUGGGGACCUGGUAUUGACAAUGGUUCACGUAUCACAUCAUACAAGUUGGAAUAUGCUCAAGUAUCAACAAAUUCAUCUGAAAUGGGAAUGGAUAAAAAUACGGAUCCAGAAUUUUUUGAACCUAUUCAAGUGUUCGGUAGAUCGUAUAAGAUAAAUCAACUGUCUCCGUCUACAGAAUACUUGAUUCGUGUUGCAGCGAUAAAUCAAUACGGACAAAGUUCAUGGAGUCCAAUACUUUCAGCUUCAACAUCCGGUAGUCCACCAGAUAUGCCAUCUCCACCGUUUUUAAUUCAAGCUGAUGUUCAUUCAUUGACACUUGGUUGGCGUCCACCAAGUAAUUUAACUGAUCAAUAUCAAUAUCACAGUCAUCAUUAUCAUCAUCACCACCUUCAUCAUCAUCACCUUCACCAUCAUCAUCAUCAUCUUCUUCAUGAUAAUCUAUGUGAACAAACAAAUCCGUCUAGCUAUUCAAAUCAUUUAAAUCCAAUCACAUAUACGCUUGAAAUGGAUGAUCAAGCUAUGGGGCAUGGCUUUGUUACUGUUUUUGACGGUACUGGUACAGAACAUUGUGUUGAUAAUUUACGCCGGAAUACACGAUAUCGAUUCCGUCUGGCAGCAUCUAAUCUAGAUGGUCGAAGUCGUUGGAGUGAAACAGUAACUUUAGCCACACUUCCAGAUCAUCCAUCUCCACCGAGAAAUUUAAGAAUCUAUGGGUCACUUUUACAACCAACUCGAUUAGCAUUAACAUGGGAUCCACCAGAGGACGACGGUGGUAUUCCUAUUCAAUCCUACCGUUUGGAAGCACUACUACCCUAUAGUAGCAACAGUAACAAUGCUAACCUCAUCAAUGGGAUACCAUUAGCCAGUAUUAAUAAUGAAUCAGGCCUAAAACUGAAUGAUGUUAAUAAUUCGAAUGUCAAUUAUUCUUUAGAAAAAAUUGACGACCACUUAGAUGUUAUACAAAAAUUGACAUGUUGGCCACAUGUUACUGUUUUGAAGCCUGAUUCAUCUAUUCUAUCACCAAUCAAUUCAUCAUGUUCACCUAAUAUGAUUACAACUAGUAGAGAUGAAACUUAUAUUGUUAACAGCUGUGACAAUCUUAAAACAUAUACAAUAGUGAAUGAGGAUAAAAAGAGUUAUUCACGUGUUUCUGAAACGGAUUCCAAUGUUAAUGAUGGCAUCAAAGUAACAGAAAAUAACAAGACUAAUAAAACUGCUGUUAUUACAACUACUACUUCUACAACUGUGAGUACCAAUAUAUCUACCUCUACAAUGUUUAAUACUGAUUAUGAUGGAGAAUCAAAUUAUCCUCAAACUGCAUGGUUUAUUAUCUAUGAAGGCCGUGAGAAAGAAUUAUUACUAGAAAAUCUACUACCUGGAUUCUUUUUACAAUUACGUGUACGUGCAUGUUGUUCCUUGCUGACAAAUAAAAUGAAUCCAUCGUGUUCAGCAUUUUCAUCCUCGCCUGCAUCAUCUGCAUCAUCAUCAUCUUCGUCGUCAUCGUCUGUAUCGUCAGGGGCAGCAUCUGUGUCUAAUUUACACAAUUAUCCGAAUGAUAUUUCUUUCGGUGUCAAUAGUACUGCUGUCACUGCGGUUACCACCAGUACAAAUGUUAAUAGUAAUGUUGGCAUCGGAAGCAAUGGUAGAAAUGGUGAAUUGUGGGGCUUAGCAAGUCAUCCUCCAUUAAAAAUACGUAUGCCACCUAUCCCACCAUCAGCACCAUCUUCUGGUCCACGCGUAAUUGGCAAACCGAAACCAACUUCGCUGCAUUUAUCUUGGUCACCACCGAAACAGACUGGAGGUGCAGCGAUUUUAGCUUAUGAGGUUUGGCAAUUGAUUCUGGAGCCAACAAGUUGGGUUGAUGAAGAAUCAGAAGAUAAUGAUUCAAAUAUAUCAAUACCAAGAUAUUGUUCAUCUACGCCAUCAUCGUCAAUAGAAACUUCACUAUUACCUUUAUCCUGUCAUAAUCUACAAUAUUACUCUACUUACAAUAAAUAUACAAGUCACUGUCAUUCAAGCCAUCGUCAGCCUAUUCUACACAGAUCGUAUACAGAUUCUUCAUUGAAUACGAAGUCUUAUACAUUGAAUAAUGAUAAUCCAGUGAAAUUACAAUCAUUAUUUAAUGAUGAGACAACAGCUGUUGGUGUUCAUGGUCGAUUUGUAUGCUCUGUACGUGAAAAUGAAUGUCGAUUGUUUGGUUUAAUUCCAGGACAGAAUUAUGCCUUUCGUGUUAGAGCAUAUAAUCGUGCUGGCAAAGGUCUCUGGACUGAAUGGGUUUCUAUAUCAACUCCACCAAGUCUACCAGGUGUACCAGCAUCUCCUCCAAGACUAUUACCAAAAUCCUCACGUACGAUACAUAUUGCAUGGGAUCCAGUUACCUGUAUUAAUGGUGCUAAAAUAUAUGAAUAUCGACUGGAAUGUCGUCAGUAUCAAAUAUCUAAAGCACAUGAUUAUUAUAAUGUCGCUUACAUACCAAGCGUUGCAGCUGAAAAGAAAGGGAUACUGAAUCAUUCUUCUUCUUCUUCUUCGUCAUCUUCUCAUGAUAAUUCAUCAAGGAAUGAUACAAUGGAACCGGCAGAUGAUGAUUCAUUCUUUCAAUUGAUAUAUGCUGGUUCAAAGUUGUCAUUUGAACUGACAGAUCUACAACCAGCUACAUUGUUUGCAUUCCGUUUCUGUGCUGUGAAUUCUGCUGGUGCUGGACCAUGGAGUUCAAUAGCUAAGUGUUGGACACCAUCUGCUCCACCUGAUCAACCUCAUGGCUUAUGUGUUCGUGAAAUAAAUUAUAAUUCAGCUUUAAUUAUAUGGUGUAUACCUCAGUGUAACGGUAGUCCUAUUACAAGUUUCACUAUUGAACUUACCCGAUUCGGUCAUAACAUUACUACUACUGGUGGUAGUAUUAGUAGUAGUAAUAAUAACAAAGCUGGUUCCGGUGGUCGUACUCAUACGGAUGUGAAUUAUAUUCAAAUACCUGCACCCUACUUACUAGAUUAUGAUGGAAAGCAAAUGAAUUCAUCCAGUAAACAACAGCAUCACACAAAUGUUUCAACGACAGAGAACUCUAAUAAUAACAUACAAUUUCAAAAGAAUGUGAUUCAGCAUUGUUUGAGUAAAUUGAAACCUUCUACAAAUUAUAUGUUACGUAUUCAAGCAGUCAAUAAAUUUGGUCCAAGUGAAUAUUCAGUACAGACUGAAUUCACUACACUUGCCCCAUUACCUCAACCACCUGCAUUUAGUCAAUAUAAAAAUUUAACCUCAAAUUCUGUUAGGCUAGAAUGGAAUUUAUUAGCUAAUCAUAUGAAUUCUGAUGGUGAUGACGAUUAUGAUAACGCUGGUGAUGACAGUAGUAAUAUUGAGAAUGCUGGCAGCAAUGCUGAAAAUCAUGAAAAUGAUAAAAAUGCACAAAAUGAUAAUGACGGUAGUGGUGACGGUGGUGAAGAAGAUGAAGUAACCAGUCAUGAAGAAGUGCAUAUGAAUAAUUCGAAUUCGAACCAUCUUCGUCAUAACAAUAAUAAUAAUAAUGCAAAACAACAACAACAGAAUAAAUUGUUAAAGAAACAAAAGGCUACUUUCAAAUCACUGGAAAGUCAAGUCACAUUCACACUGCAAAUGAGUCGAGAACCUGAUUUAGAAUGGACAACAAUCUAUGAAGGACAAGCAAAUGUUCAUAAAGUGAAUCGUUUAUGUGAAUCCACAGUUUAUCACUUUCGUGUUCGUGCUACCAACACAACUGGUUCUGGACCUUAUAGUACAAUUCAAACGAUACGCACUCAAAAAUCAUCACCUCCAGCAGUACGAGGCUUAAAAAUCAUUGAGUUGAGUUCAGAUCGUUGCCAGUUAGAAUGGACUCCAGUAAAUCAAUUAGGCAUGGAUCCUAUUGUCUAUCUAUUACAUUUACUCCCUGUAUCACCUAAUACUCAACAAUCAACAAACUUGAGUCAGGUGUAUAGAGGAAAUUUACCUGCUUGUCGUAUAACUGGUUUGAAUCCGGCUUCUGAAUACGUCUGUCGUGUAUGUGCUGUUCGUUUAUGUCAACCGAAUAAAUUACCAGUUAUUAGUAAUUCAUCUUAUUCGUCAUCUGAACAAGAACAACUUAAGGUGAAUUCAUCAACUGAUUCUUCUCAGUAUCAAAUUACUGAAUUACCUGGACCCUUCUCGCCAGGUCUUGUAUUUACCACACCUCGUCUUAAUAAAGAUGGUCAUUCCGAUUCCAUGUCAACAAAUUGUCAUUCAUUCAAACAGAAUUCUUCAUCUAAACGAUCAACUUUUCUAAGAAUUUUGUCUCUACCAUUCCAAACUGUUCGGUGUAUACUUUCAUUCGGACGGUCAUCGAACACUCCUACUGCCCAUAGAAUAAAUGAUUCAUCCAAUUCAAUAACUCUGUCUAAGCAUCAUCAAACUCAUUCGAAUCAAGUAACUGCUGCUACAGGUACAUCAUCGAAUUCAACGGGGAGUAAUGCAUCGGAUAAACGUCGUCCUGUUCUAAUCAGCACAGCAACCUCUUCUUCAACAGUAACAUCAGCAGCAGCAGCAUCGAUGUCAUCAGUAUCACCAUUAACUUCGUCUGUGUCCACGACAUCUACUCCCAGGAAUCAAUCGAAACAAUCGUCGUCAUCAUCAAAACGAUCACAUUCAUGGUUCCGCUUCACUGAUACUCAACUAGCCUGUCUUCUAUUAAUUCUGUUCAGUUUAGCUACACUUUUAGUAGCUAUAAGUUUACAGUACUUACUUAAUGUUCACUUGAAAAUAUCUAAUCCUACUGCAACUGUCUCUACUAUGGAUUAUUCAUCGUAUGAAGUGAAAUUAAGGUCUAAUAAUGAAGAUACCAGUGACAGUACAUUAUUUACCUCAACAACAACAACAUAAACAUGUAAAAACAACCAGUCAGUGGUCGUUUUUCCCCAUGAAUAUCCCUCACAGAUGUUGAAGUAAUUAUCAUGACAAUGCUCACUUAUUCUUAUUCUUUUCUUUCCCCUUUUCAAAUCUUCUGCUUGUGUAUGUCUGUUUAUCCAUCCCUCCAUCUGUCUGUCUAUCUAUCCAUCUGUCUAACUUGUCUAUCUGUGCGCUGGUUCGUUGUUGUUGUUUUUCUUUUUGGUUACUUCUAGCUUCCAUCUUACUAUUUUCGCCGUCAUCGUGUUUCUCUUUUUGAUCCCUAAUUAUGUCACCCAUUACAAUCCUGCACAAAUUGUAUAUGAUUAAUUAUGAUGGUGUGAUUGGUGUCGAUAUUAGUAUUUCCAGCUUGAUGGUGAUAAUCUAUCCAACACACAUACACGCACACACACACACAUCAAUUACAAUGAUGUUGAUGAUUAUGCUAAUAGUUACCUGUAAAUCUACUUACUUCGUCUACUGAACAAAGUAACCGUAAGCACACACGCACAUGUAUACACUCACGUCUGUCACUUAUUCUUGCUAAGCAUUCAUUCUAUAAAGAUAGAUAGUAGAGAAUAGAUAGGUUUAUUUAUCUGUAUUUACCUGUUGUUAUAUUGCAGGUGUCUGUCUAUAUGAGGGUGUGCAUGUGGUGCGUGUGUGUAUGUACCUGGAAGUAUGUUUGCAUUUAAAUAUAAGUAUCAUUUUUUGUGUACAUGAAGAAAGUGAAAACGGGCACACCAUUGAAAUGUAGGCAUAGUUACAUAACAUUCUAUACACAUAUGUGCGCCUGCCUACUCAAAUGCACAGAAUUCACGUACGCACACACACACACACACACAGAGACACAGAUACAUUUAAAAAUAUACACGAUGUAGUAUUUUGGAUAAGUGUAAUAGACUAUAAAAAAAAUAAAAAUAUGCUGUGUUAUUGUUACCGAACGCACACAUAGACACAUACACUCGUGUUUCCGGUUCAUUUUCGUCUGUAUCUGUUUGCUCGUUGUGUUUUGAAUUCAGGAUUAUUAUUAUUAUUAUUAUAUAUGUAUAUGUGAUUACUUACAUAACACUCACUUACAUUGUAUAUGGCGUUUUAAAUUAUCUAUCACUGGUUGCUUUCCUUCCUGACCCCCCCCCCCACUCCACUCCGUCUCCCUUUUAUUUUACUACCUUUUGAAUAUACACAUAUACAUAUAUUUACCGCGCCACGAUGUCUUUCCCACGUUUAAUACUGAUAAUCGUGUUGUUGUUGUUGUUGCUGUCGUUGUCGUCGUCGUUAUUAACAUUAUCAUUUUGUUGAAAUUGUCGCCUCUUUUAUUCUUCUUCUUGUUUUUCAUCUCUUCCUAUGUCAUUAUUACUAUUUUUAAGGAAUGACGCUGAAAUAAUGUUAAUGCCAAUAACUGCUGCUGACGCUGUUACUACUACUACUACUACUACUUUAUCGAAACUGUUAUAUAUUGGUGUCAUUUGUUACUGUUAUUAUUGUUAUUACCGUUAUCAAGGUGACAAUCUACAACUAACUGAUGAUACAGCUGAUGAUAGUGCGUGCGUGUGUGUCUGUGUGUUUUGUUUAUUCCAUAAGCAACAUGUAAAUUAAAUUAUAAAUAAAACUCUAUUAAUUCUCCUCUUUAUUUUGUUAAGUCUUACAUACUUUCUGGUGUGUGGUAGUGUUGCUGCUUAAUAAUUAUCGAGAGUAAUAGUGUUAGAAGACAAUAGUGAAUAUUAUAAAUAGUUCCAUCUACUUAUCUUGUUUUUGUUUUCGCAUUAUACUUUAAAUAUUAUCACAACAGCAACAACAACAACAGCAAUAAACACUAUUUAAUUAAAUGAUGUGAGUAAAUUAAAGAAUAUGAUAUUGCUUAUCACUCCUUCCUUUCCAUUUGUGUAUGCUCUUUACCUGACCAAUAAUAACGCCAACUGUAUUAUGCCAAUGUUGGUGAAUUCAAUCAAUCAGUCAAUCAAACAAUCAAUCAAUACACAUUGUAUGCAAAAUCCAGUUGAUUUUUCAACGAAAAUCAAAAGUGUUUCUUUUUUCCCCUUCUAUUGGUUGUUCACAUUGUAUACGUUAUUUGAAUUUAUUCUCUCUUUUGUUUCGUGUAAACUACUCGUGCUAAACUCCAAUAUAAAAUGGUAAACACAUGUUUGUCACGGUCUACUCCUUGUUGUUUAUUUAUAUAUAUUGCAUUAUUCCAUUUCUUCCUUUUUCGGAGAUCGCAGUGUCAGGUCUGUGUGACCUUGUGCUUUGUGUUUGUCCGUCUAUCUCAUUUGUUUUUUGUCUUUCCAAUUAGAAUUCGCGUCUCAUUCAUUUUCGCCUUUGUACAUGUCCGUCUGUUUGUCUAUCCAUCUAUCUAUCUCUACUAUCUAUAGAUCCAAUCAAUCAAUAACUUUCAAAUCUAUUCUGUUGUUAUAUCAUUCAGGUCUUGUGUGAAUGUGAUUAUCAAUUACAUUACAUUACAUUACAAUUAUAAUUAUUGUUGAUUUUGUUGUUUACGCCUACUCAUCUUGUGUAUACAUACACCUAUACGUAUAUAUGUAGGUAUAUGUGUGUAUGCGUAUGUGUGCAUACAUACACUAUUCAAAUCUUUUUUUAUUGCCUACAUUUACUUGUAUAAUUUUUGUGUUGUGCUAUGAUAAUUUUAAUACAAAGUUUACAAAUCCAUUUUUCCAUAAGGAGUUUGAUUACUUUAACCUUGGACUGGUCAACUUUGAUUCAUCAUCAAUUCUCUUUUGAUUUUUCAGGUUUGCAUAUAUACAAUAUGAAUAAUUUUAUCGGUCUUUUUUUUCCGUUUUGUCCCAUCCAUCCGCGUCAGUCAUGAUGAAUUAUGUUGUUGUUGUUUUUUUCUCUCCUGUUUGUUUACUCGGUUAACUUCACUUAAACUUCUUCAUCUCUCAAUCCAUUUUUAUUUUGAUAUAUUCCGCUUCUCUUCUUUUUUAAAAAAAAAUUUCUUUUGGCAUAUUAUACAUUUUCUGCUUCUGAAUUGAUGAAUAUCUAAUUAACUGAAUAAAGUAAUAAAUAAAUAAAUAAAUAAAUGGAUGGAAUUAAGUUUA